AUGGUACUGGCUGAACUUGGGACUCAGCUGACAGCAGCUAUUAAGAAACUCCAAUCUGCAACAAUUGUUGAUGAGGCAACCAUUGAUAACUGUUUACGAGAAAUUGCAACAGCUCUUCUACAAGCUGAUGUAAACGUUAAAUUAGUAGCUCAACUUAGAAAUAAUAUUAAGAAAGCUAUAAGCUCUCAAGGAAAUCUGCAAGUUGCAAGUAAGCGUCGUUUAAUUCAGGCAUCUGUAGUAGAAGAGUUGGUAAAGAUACUUACUCCACAACGUAAGCCCUAUGUUCCAACUAAAGAUAAGUGCAAUAUAGUUGUCUUCGUUGGACUACAGGGCUCUGGCAAAACAACUACUUGUACAAAGUAUGCUCAUUAUUAUCAACGAAAAGGAUGGAAAACAGCUCUAGUUUGCGCCGAUACCUUUCGAGCCGGUGCCUUUGAUCAAUUGAAACAGAAUGCUACAAAAGCAAAAAUACCCUUUUAUGGAAGUUACACAGAGACUGAUCCUGUAAAAAUAGCUUCAGAUGGUGUAAAAGAAUUCAGGGAUGAUAAUUAUGACUUAAUUAUAGUUGAUACUUCAGGUAGACAUAAACAGGAGUCAUCCCUGUUUGUCGAAAUGCAACAGAUUGUUUUAUCUACAAAGCCUGAUAAUGUAGUUUUCGUUAUGGAUAGUCAUAUAGGACAAGCAUGUUAUGAUCAAGCCUUGGCAUUUUGUAGUGUUAUUGAUGUUGGUAGUGUUAUCAUCACGAAGCUGGAUGGUCAUGCAAAAGGGGGUGGAGCACUUUCAGCUGUAGCAGCAACUAGUGCUCCAAUCAUAUUUAUUGGUACAGGUGAGCAUUUCGAUGAUUUUGAACCAUUUGAAACUAGAGGUUUUGUUUCGAGACUACUUGGACUAGGAGAUAUAAGUGGUCUUUUUGCAAAGAUUAAUGAAGUAGUACCUAUUGAUAAACAACCUGAGAUGGUAAAUAGAAUUGUCCAAGGGAUUUUUACCUUAAGAGAUAUGUAUGAACAAUUUCAGAACAUGCUCAAUAUGGGGUCACCAAGCGCACUUUUGUCAAUGAUACCAGGUUUUGGUCCGAACUUUCUUGCAAAGGAAGAUGAGCAAGCAGGAAUUACAAGGUUAAGAAGAUUUAUGGUGAUAAUGGAUUCAAUGACAGAUGCUGAGCUAGACAAUACAGAAAGUAUGAUAUCAUCUAGGAUAACGCGUGUAGCUAUAGGUAGUGGAACUAAUGUCUGUGAAGUUCAGGAUCUACUUAACCAAUACAAGACAUUUGCGAAGAUGGUUGGACAAAUUGGGAAAAUGGGACUAGGAAAAAAAGGGGAUAUGGGUUCUUUGAAGAAUCCACUUCAUUUUAUGCAAAAAAUGCAACGUAUGAUUGAUCCUAGAAUGUUAAAGCAAUUAGGUGGUUCUAAUAGUAUGUUCAAUAUGAUGAAAGAAAUGGAAAAAAUGGAAAAUUCUCCAGACCUGCAGAAAUUGUUUAGAGGUAUUGGAAUGUAA